GUGAAAUAAAGAUUACAAAAAGUCACAACAGUUACAGUAACACUGAUUCACUGAUAAAUGUGUUAGGUUAUGUUUUUAGGUUAGGAUACCAUAAUUAUUUUAUAAAGUUCUGUAUUAAUUUUUACUAUAUGGAUUAAAUUUUAAAAUAUAAAUGAUAAAUAAGUUGAAUAAGAGAAAAUGAAGCGUAAACAUACUGAUAUAGACGACGAAGAGAGCAGAUUGUCAUCAUUGCUGUUUAAUAAAUCAAAGAAUUUUGUUGAAAAUUUGUCGACUAAAGUAAAAAAUGAAAAUGAGUUGGACUUAAAACCUGCGUGGACCGACGAAGAUGACGCUCAGUUCGGUACGGAUAUUAUACCGGACAUAAAAAGUAAGGCCCUUUAUGUUCAAAAACUUAAACAAAAAUAUGAAACAUUGAUUGGCACUCCAAGUUGGGCUAAAGUAUCUAACUAUGUCUCAAAGGAAGAUGAUGAUGAUAAAAUACUCCGAACUGUAGGACACUUAAAAAAGCCGAAGACUAUAGGCCUUAAAAAAGAUAACCUCGAAUUUAAAACCUUUCCGAAAGUUAACUCCGAGACUGGCAAUGAAGGUCCCAUAAUUUCAUCAGUUGUAUUCCAUCCUAAAAUGAGUGUAGUAUUGGUAGCAGGUCAGUCUGGUGUUGUAUCACUUUUCUCGAUUGGAGGUGACGUCAAUAACAAACUUCACAGCUUUAAUUUAAAGAAAUGGAAGGUCACAUCUGCACAAUUUACACCCGAAGGCUCAGAGGCAUACAUUGCAUCAAAAUUGCAACACAGUUACUGUGUAUACAACCUUGUAAAGGCUCAACCACAAUUAAUACAGCUGCCCAAAAUAGUGAAGAAGCCAAAGCUCUUCCAAAUGUCCCCAGAUGGUAAAUAUUUAGCUGUAAGUGAUGGAUUUGAUGAAGUAUUUAUAAUAUGUGCUAAAUCUAAAGAGCUCUUAAGGUCAUUGAAGCACAAUAUGAAUGUUGAAUCGUUGAUAUUUAGUCAUAAUUCUGAACUGUUAUACUGUUAUGGAGUUGAAGGAGAAAUAACAGUUUGGGACCUUUCAAUGUACAGAUCGGUACAAAAGUUCUACGACAAUGGCUGUGUUACAGCUUCCUGUAUAAAAAUAAGCACAUGUGGGCAACUUCUGGCUACUGGGAGCGGAGAAGGAAUUGUAAAUAUAUAUGAAACAAAAAAUUUAACUACAAGAGAACCUUUACCUCUUAAAACAAUAUCACAUUUGACCACUAAAAUAACUAAUCUUUCCUUUAACUCUACAACGGAAAUAUUGUCAGUAUCGUCAUGGUAUUUACCCAACGCCGUGAAAUUUGUACACAUACCUUCAUACCACAUAUUUCACAAUUUUCCUAAACAAAAUUUGCAAAAUGUUGAAACAGUAAGUUUUUCACCUAACAGUGGUUAUAUGGCACUUGGAAAUAAUAAGAACUGUGCCUAUUUAUAUAGAUUGAAACAUUACAAAAAUUACUAGAAUGUUUACUCUUCUAAAUUUAGCUAAAAAUUUAAAAGUUAAAUUAUCUAAAUCAUAUUAUGUGAUAUGUCAUCAUCAUCAUCAUCAUUGCAGC